AUGAUGUCUCUGUCAAUCUUGCUGAAGAAGGGAAUUGUCAGGUUCCCUCACCUCAAACCCUUGUCGUGCUUCAACUCUUCUGGACCUAAGGGACAUGUCGUCGGCAUCGAUCUUGGCACGACAAAUUCAUGCGUCGCAGUGAUGGAGGGGAAACAGCCCAAAGUGUUAGAGAACUCUGAAGGAAGUCGGACAACUCCAUCUGUAGUGGCUUUCACAGGCGACGGCGAAAGACUUGUCGGGGCUCCUGCCAAAAGACAAGCAGUAACCAAUUCGGCCAACACAUUCUCAGCAACGAAACGCUUGAUAGGUCGGCGAUUUGAGGACCCGGAGGUUCAGAAGGACAUGAAGAACUCUUCAUUUAAAAUAAUCAAGGCUUCUAACGGUGAUGCAUGGUUAGAAGCUCAUGGCAAGGCGUAUUCUCCUAGUCAGAUAGGAGCGUUUGUAUUAAUGAAGAUGAAGGAGACUGCAGAGAACUACUUAGGUUCGAAGGUGAGAAAUGUGGUUAUAACGGUCCCUGCCUACUUCAACGAUUCACAGAGACAGGCCACUAAAGACGCCGGCAAAAUUGCAGGGAUGGAAGUACUACGUGUUAUCAACGAGCCCACAGCUGCAGCCCUUGCAUAUGGCUUGGAUCGCACGGACGACAAAACGAUAGCCGUUUAUGAUCUUGGAGGUGGUACAUUUGAUAUCUCUGUAUUGGAAAUUCAGAAAGGGGUUUUUGAAGUGAAGUCUACUAACGGAGACACCUUUCUAGGGGGAGAAGAUUUUGAUAACGAACUCUUACGAUUCCUAGUUAAAGAGUUUCAACGAGAGCAAGGUAUUGAUGUCACGAAAGACCCAAUGGCUCUUCAGAGAGUCAAAGAAGCUGCGGAAAAAGCCAAAAUAGAGCUUUCAUCGUCACUGCAAACUGAUAUUAAUUUGCCUUAUUUGACAAUGGAUCAAUCGGGUCCAAAGCACAUGCACCUAAAGUUAACGCGAGCGAAAUUAGAGCACUUGGUAGAACCUCUCAUCAAGAGAACGAUUGAGCCUUGCAAUAAGGCUUUGAAAGAUGCUGAUGUUAAAGCUUCUGAAAUUGGUGACAUAAUUCUAGUCGGUGGAAUGACAAGAAUGCCCAAGGUCCAGGAAACAGUUGAGAAAAUAUUCGGGAAAUUGCCGAGUAAAAGUGUGAAUCCGGAUGAAGCCGUUGCAAUGGGGGCGGCCAUCCAAGGAGGAGUCUUGGCCGGGGAUGUUACAGAUGUUCUUCUACUUGAUGUUACCCCUUUGUCACUUGGCAUAGAAACACUAGGUGGCGUUAUGACAAAGCUUAUCAAUCGAAACACGACUAUCCCAACGAAGAAGUCACAAGUAUUCUCUACGGCUGCUGACGGUCAGACACAAGUAGAAAUCAAAGUAUAUCAAGGUGAACGUGAGAUGGCCGGUGAUAAUAAGUUGCUGGGUCAAUUUUCUUUAGUUGGUAUUCCUCCUGCGCCUCGUGGUGUUCCUCAGAUUGAAGUCACGUUUGACAUUGAUGCUAAUGGGAUUGUCAAUGUAACUGCUCGUGACAAGGGAACCGGCAAAGAACAACAAAUUGUCAUUCGUUCAGGUGGUGGGUUAAGCAAAGAUGAAAUAGAGAAUAUGGUACGUAAUGCAGAACAGUACGCUGAGGUGGAUAAAAAACGGAGGGAUCUUGUAGAAGCGGUAAAUCAAGCUGAGGGCAUAGUGCAUGAUACAGAAUCAAAAAUUAGUGAAUAUAAGGAUCAGUUACCUGCAGAAGAGAGGGAAAAACUCAGUGCUCUGAUGGACAAGCUGAAAAACCGUUUGGCUGACAAGGAGAAUGAGACUGCUGAAAGUAUUCGUGAAGCUACAAAUGAACUUCAGCAAGCAUCCUUGAAAUUAUUUGAAGUUGCUUAUAGAAAGAUGGCAGGUGAACAAGGCUCAAAAUCGGAUUCCCAAAGCGAUGAAUCUGCUAAACAGGAAAAGCAGUAG